UAUCUUUCUUCCCGUCAACAUGCAGACUAUAUAUAAAUGCUGUAUAUAUUGCAAUCGGAAAAACCCUAGCUCUCUUCUGGCCGCUUCCGGGCAACUUUUUAUUAUUUCUAAGGAAUGGCUCCGAAGCAGCCAAAUACAGGCCUUUCUGUGGGCCUUAACAAAGGACAUGUUGUUACUAAGAAAGAGUUGGCGCCCCGCCCUUCUGAUAGGAAAGGGAAAACCAGCAAAAGAGUACAUUUUGUUAGAAGCCUUAUCAGGGAAGUAGCUGGUUUUGCACCUUAUGAGAAGAGAAUUACUGAACUUCUUAAAGUUGGAAAGGACAAACGUGCUCUUAAAGUAGCCAAGAGGAAGCUGGGCACUCACAAGAGAGCAAAGAAGAAGCGUGAGGAGAUGUCUAAUGCUCUCCGUAAAAUGAGGGCUGCUGGAGGUGGUGAAAAGAAGAAAUGAGUUGCAUGUUAAGACCUCUUCAUGAAAUUUUAGGUCCAAAAAACUGCUUAGAAAAGAUUUAUUUUGGUGUCUUUUUUGAAUUGAAAAUUUUGAUAUCAUUUUUAUUUUUGUUUGGAUGUUGAAGCACCUAACCCUGAGCUUUUUGUAAUUUGUUGUCUCAGAAUGAGAAUGGUUGGAAAUUUCUAAGGUUUAGAUUUUGCAACUCAUUUGUACCAGGUGAAUUAAAAUGUAUUUUAAGCACAUAUUACUGAUAUAUAGGUUCUCUAGACUCUAGAGAUUCACCAA